ACACUUGAAGACAGUUGAUUCUUUAAACGUCUUUGUUUGUUUUGCGGUGAUGAUUUGAAUACGAAAGUUUGUUUUGAAAAAGGUACAUCGUAUUGAGGAUAUUAAAACAGAAAACAACAUAUUGAAAAUUGCUGAUAACACGACAUUACUAUGUCUCAGUCUCAAUAUUCCUUAUCUUGGGAAGACCACCCAAAAAACAUUUGUAAUGGGCUAAGCUACUUACAGCAGAAUGGAGAGUUUGUAGAUAUGACACUGGCAGCGGACGGGCACUUUGUGAAAGUACACCAAGUUAUUAUGGCACUCAGCAGUCCCUUCAUCAAAGAUCUCAUUGCCUCAGCCAAUUGUCCACAUCCAGUUAUAGUAUUAAAUAAAAUAUCUCAAUCAACUUUGCUAUCAAUAUUGGAGUAUAUCUACACUGGUGAGGUGAUGGUGGCAAUAGAGAACAUCAGGGAUCUGAUAGACGCUGCUAAGGAACUCCACAUCAAAGGAUUACAGGAAAUGAAUCUAUCUGUACCAAGGACAGAGUAUCAACAUGCAGAUCAUGAAUCACUGUCCACAGACACGACUUGUUUACACAUCGAGGAGGAUGAUAUCCCCUACUGUGAGAUACAAAAACAGACUGAUAAAAUCAACUGUCAUGAUAUGGAAGUAGUGGCAACCGGGCCUAUAAACAUGGGCGUGAUCCAAAAUUCUAGCGACCACGGUGGUCUUAACGAGUUGCGCUUUUCGGAAGGCAGAACUGUCGCGUUACAACCAGAGACUGAUAAGAGAUCUAUGGUGUUGCCAGAUAUGGAACCAAAGAAAACAAAUACCCUGCAAUACACAGUGUCGGCGCAGGGCUCCCUGCAGCUGAUCCUCAACCGGUUCCUGUACUACCUGAAGUACACCAAGCAGGACCACACGCGACAGUGGCGCUGCGUGGACUACCUGACGCGGACGAAGUGUCCCGCCGUCGUCAUCACCAAGGGCAACAUGGUCCUGCAAAGGAUAUUAGCCCACAAACACUUGUUCCACGAUAAGAAGAUAUUAAAAAAAGUGAUGGCAAACAACGUGUUCACUGCUUUCGACGACGCCGAACAGACCGGCCUUAAACUGAAAGACAAACAGACAGAGAGCAACCCUGAUAGCGAGUGACCAUCACCCAGCACGCUAGGCCAAAAAGGACCGGCGGACAUGUAGUACUGAUCGUUUUUAUGUCAAAAAUAUAGAUGAAAACAACCCAGUCUCCAUAUAAACAUGGGCCCAAAAUAUUCAAACAAUACAAAGCUGAAAAUUGGUCAUAAAUCAGGCCAAGUAUAAGGAGAUCUCAUGAGGCCAAUUUUCAGAAAAAUCUACAUUGGCUAAAUUAGCUAAAUUACUUGUUAAAGUUGCAUUUGCGCCACUUGAUCAGAUAUGUAUAUGAUAUCAAAUUUGUCAUUUAUUAUUUGUGUCAAACUGACAGUUUUUCUAGGGAUUUGACAUUAAUGUGAAACCUUUUUUCAAAAUGUCUAGGAAAUCUGCCAAUAUAACAAAGAUAAUACA